AUGCUUGCAAAGGCGCCUCUUUUGGCUCUGUGCUUGGCCACCGCGCCGGCUCUCGCUGGGCAAGGUGGGUUCGAGAUGGCUGCCGACAGCUUGGAUAAGUACUGCUUCUACUCCAUCUACACCACCCUCACGGGGUAUACGUUCGCUGGGAGUACUAUAAUUUCCCAGGAUACUGGGAGCACCUCCCAUGAUGGUGAUACGGCUUCCUCGAACACAGAAAGCUCUUCGGCUAGUCAGUCCUCAACCACGGCACACGGAUCUUCUGACACAAAUACCUCCUCCGACGCCGAGUCUUCCGCUACUGCCCACGGUUCUUCUGAUUCAACAUCCUACGCGGGCGAUGAAUCAUCCUCAAGUGGCCAUUCGUCCAUGAGAACUAAACGCCUCUUCCGUAGAGGCCAUGGUGGAGGCUCAACCUCAUCGGGACCCUGCAACAGCACGGUCGAGGUGACAUCCCUGUACGCAAGUGCGAAAGCAUGGUGCAGCAAGUCCCAGUUUGAAGUCACCAUUCCCUACUGGCAGAGCCUCUGCGAGCAAAACAGCUUGACGCUCAUGGAUCUCACCGCAAUUGAAGCCAAUGUUACGGAUGCAUACAUUGUAUCUCUGCCAACCAUUGAUCCCGAUACGAAUAGUACAACCAGUACGGGGACUAUUCAGUCUCCUGUUCUGUUGAGCGAGUCUUAUUAUAAGCGCGCUUACAAGUCUUAUGUAACACACGACUACGCUCUAUCAAAAGACAAACGGUUCGGUUGGGCUCUCAUGGGCUACUGGGGCGGCAUCCUGCUCUUGGGCAUGGUUGCCAGGUUUGCAGGUUUUGUGACCAGCGGACAGCGUACACUUACUCUGCAGGAUGCAGAGUCCAGCGGUGCCGUCCGCCGCAACAAACGGACAGGCAUCCUGGCGAAGCUCAUCGAUAUUCCAAUGCAUUACCUACGAACAUACUUGGUCAUGCCCGCCAGCUUCGCACCAUUCCUUACUAACCACCAGCAAGUCUACUACUGGCACACGAUCCCUCGACGCCUAGAUUCGAUAAUCGUCUUUGGAUUCUGGGCGCUGUGCAUCAUUCUCGGAUGCGUGGACUACCAGAGUUUCUCUGGAAACAUUCAGAUCACCAGCCUGGCGCAGCAAAACUGGCAAUACUCGUCUGACCGGACGGGGAUUCUAUCCUAUGCCUGUCUGCCCUUCCUUUGGCUGUUUGGCGGUCGGAAUAACAUCUUCCUCUGGGCGACCAAUUUCAAUGCGCAGUCCUUCAACAUUUUUCACCGGCAUGUUGCUUGGGCUUGCACUAUUCUUGCCAUCGUACACUCGAUCAAUUACAGUGUUGUCUUUGCGUACUAUGAUGGCAGAUGGGACAGCGUCUGGGUGCAGAACUAUUGGUACAUGGGCGUUGUGGCAACAAUCCUUAUGUCCUUUAUGCUCGUGCAAUCAAUCACUAUCCUCCGGCACAAGGGCUACGACACCUUCCUUAUUAUCCACAUCAUCUUCGCCAUUGUCGUAGUGUACGCUCUCUUCAGACACACCAGCUUCGACGGCACAAAAUGGAACGGAUACUUGUGGCCCAUGGUCGCAAUCUGGGGGCUCGACCGCACAGUCCGGCUCGUCCGCAUCACCUACUGCAAUCUCAACGUGCGCUUCGGAAACGGGGUCGUCGCAACAACACCCAAGGUCGAGUACUUUGAGGACAGCGACCUCAUCCGAGUCGAAAUGACACUCUCCACUGCACUCACCCCGCGGCCUGGCCAGCACUACUACCUGUACCAGCCACUGACGCUCAGGGGCUGGGAGAAUCACCCGUUCACGCUGGGGGCUUAUGUCCUUCCCAAAUCGGACGAGGAGCGCUGCAAGCUUAUCUUCUACAUUCGGCCGUAUGAUGGCUGGACGAGGCGGGUACGGGAUCAAUGUCGGAACGGUCCUUAUGGCAUGCAGCCGCGGCUGCUCCUGGAAGGACCGUACGGACAUACGGCGUCUCUGCACACAUUCGACACAGUCCUCAUGGUCGUCGGCGGAACUGGUAUCGCUGCAGCAGUGCCGUAUAUCAUUGACCAUCUCUCGCGCUGCGCCGUGGGCCGUACACAAACGUCCAGGAUCAGGCUAGUCUGGUCCGCGCGCACGAAGGAGAUGUAUUCUCGAAUCUUCUGCGACGAGCUGGCCACGCUCUUGCACCAUGAGACUAUUUCGACGACCUUCUACUGCACCAAGGGGACAGACAGUUUACCGGAUACCAAGUCGGAGACUAGCAAUGCCCCUGGCGACGCUGUGGCUAGAUCCGACUCUGCUACAGAGAAGAAGGGGGCUGAAGUGUCUGGUACGGCACCGGUGAACUUUGUAACCGGGCGACCGGAUGUGAGGGGGCUUGUGGCGAUGGAGGCUGAAGAGACAAAGGUGAGCUCUGGACGGUUGGCUGUUUUAACUUGUGGUCCUGCCCAGAUGGCAGAUGAUUGUCGGCAGACGGUGUAUGAGAUCAUGAAGAGGGGAUUUAGGGAUAUUGAGUAUUAUGAGGAGGCUUUCGGGUGGUGA